AUAUUCCUUGAUGUGUUGAGCUGUAACCUCAUUGGUAUAAUAGCCAGUAUCCUUUUUAUGAAAUAUUUUAACAUUCAACUUUAUGAUUGGAAAAUCCCAGAUAAAAUAAAGCCAAACAAAAAGAAUAUCAUAUUUCCUACUGUUGAUAAAUUAUGUAGAAAAGUAUUUACAAAUAGUAGUACCCUAUUAUUACUAAUAUUCGUAUCAUUUAUAAUAAAUAUUAUAGAUUUAAAUAUAUUUUUUUUAAAAGCUGAGAUUCAGUUACAUCAUUCAAAUUUAAUAGUUAUUACUAGAACAUUUGCCAUAGGUUUUAUUUCUGGCAAGGCAUGUAAGGAAUUUUAUCGCUCUCUUAAGGAUGGAAUGACUCCUAAAAGAGCCUUUUAUAUAUUUAUCGAAAUUAUUAUACUUUCAUUGGAGUUCCUUUUAGCCAUUCGAUGGAAGGAUACUUUAGUUUCAGACAAAUCCGAUUUAACAGCAAUUAAU